AUGCUAGAUGAAGGCUCGACGGUUACACUCAUCGAUGCGGAGAUCGCAGAACAGAUCGGAGCCGAAGGUCCGACGCGAUCUCUGAGAAUUCAGGGAGCGGCCUCGAGCUGGCACGAAGCCUCAAGCCGAGUGGCUGAUGUCAUCAUCAGAGGGCGACACCAUACGGACGAAGAACACUCGGUGAGGGCGCGUACGAUCCGGGAUCUCACCCUAGGAACGCAGCGAGUGAACCCGGAAAUACUCGCGUACGGACACCUGCGACAACUCACUUGCGAGCAAGUGUGCUACGAAGAUGCCAGACCCAAGGUCUUGAUCGGGUCAGACAACUGGCAUCUAAUUGUUACGCGGAAGCUGCUCACAGGAAGGCACAAUCAACCCGCAGCGUCGCUGACACGACUGGGAUGGGUCAUCCACGGAACGGUACCCAGAAGUGUCGUGGAAGACGAGGAACAUGUCCUCCACGUGCGGUUGACACAGCGCAACGCCGAGCCAGACAUGCGGCAUAUAGAGGGCAUAAUAAAAGCGCAUUACGACAUCGACGCGUUGGGUAUAUCGUCGAAGAGAUUACCCAUCGCUAAGGAGGAGCGCGCCGUCGCCACAUUCAACCGCACAGCGACGAGAGUGGAUGGGCGAUACGUCGUAGGAUUGCCGUGGGAGAGAGAUAACGUCGUUCUACCUCCCAGCUACGACAUGGCAGCGAGCCGACUGAGGGGAAUAGAGCGGCGGAUGGAUCGCUCUACGGAAUUCCGGCUGGCGUAUACCGCGGAGAUAAACAAGUUGUUGGACAAGGGUUACGCCGAGAAAGUAACCGACGACCGGUUCAACAACGACCGCGCGUGGUACCUUCCCCAUUUCGGAGUGACGAAUCCGAAUAAACCCGGAAAGCUGCGACUCGUAUUCGACGCCGCGGCCCGUUCGAAGGGAAUGUGCUUGAACGACGUACUGCUGGAUGGGCCAGAUAUGCUACGGUCGCUUAACGGUGUGUUAUACCGUUUCCGCGAGAAGCCCGUAGCUAUCACGGCAGACAUACGAGAGAUGUUCCUGCAGAUUAAGAUACGGGAAGAAGAUAGAGCAGCACAACAGUUUCUGUGGCGAGGAGAUGACAGGAUUAACCCGCCGCAGAAAUACGUAAUGACCUCAAUGAUUUUCGGGGCGAGGAGCUCACCGUUCAUCGCACACAGCGUUCGAGACAGGAACGCGGCAGAGCACCGAGAGUCGCACCCGUCAGCGUACACCGCCAUAACAAGGAACCACUACAUGGACGACUGGGUCGAUAGCUUUGACUCCGAAGAGGAAGCAGCCCGCGCCAUUCGAGAGGUAGUAGAGGUUCAUGGCGGGAUAGGAUUCACGCUGGCGGGUUGGAAUACAAACCGACCGAGCCUGCUAGAGAAUGUGAGUGAGGACCAGCGAGCGAGGACGCCGAAGGAACUGGGAGCCAACGCACAUCCAUACGGAAAGACAUUGGGGUUAUUGUGGAUGUCAGCCGAAGACCAGCUGGCGUUCAACACCGGCAUGCCACGCGUCCCACGAGAAGUGAAGCACGGCACGCGGAUACCGACGAAAAGGGAAGCCUUAGGAGCGGUGAUGUCAUUGUUCGACCCGCUCGGGCUGCUGAGCCCUUACACCAUCACGGCAAAAAUCAUCUUGCAGGCGCUGUGGGUGCAGAAGGUCGAAUGGGAUGACUCUCUGCCCGCCGAGGAAGCGCGGAUGUUCCAGGAAUGGAGAGAUGACUUAGCCUAUAUAGAGGAACUGAGAUUGCCGCGAUGGUAUGGCACGAACGACAGCCAACGGUCGCAACUGCACGUAUUCACGGACGCAAGCGAACAGGCAUAUGCCACAGCCGCGUAUUGGAGGACGGAACGCGAGGAUCGUAGCGUUAACGUCGUCCUGGUAGCAGCCAAAGCGAGGGUAGCGCCCAUGAAAGCGCAGAGUAUACCCCGGAUGGAGCUUCAGGCGAGCCUGAUAGGAGCCCGACUGGCCGCUGACAUAUUGAAAGAACAUAGUCGCGAGGCCGAAGUCUUCCUAUGGACGGACUCGAAAACGGUGCUACACUGGAUAAGGAACGACACCGUCAGAUAUACUCCAUACGUGGCUCAUCGUUUGGCAGAAAUCGCCGAACUGACGAAACCGACACAGUGGCGCUGGGUACCGACUGCCCACAACGUAGCCGACGACGCGACCCGCGCGGGAUACACACAAAUGACCGCUGCCGACAGAUGGUUUGUCGGGCCGGCAUUUCUGUACGCUCCGGAGCAAGAAUGGCCUCAUGAGAGCGAGCCCGUCCCAGCAGAGAUGGUAGCACACGUCCGGGAGGAGACAGAACCCGUGAUCGACAUUGCACGGUUCUCUUCAUAUGACCGAGUGAGGAGGACCAUGGCGCAAGUGCUACUGUUCGCAGAUAAAUGCAGGCGACGGGCACAGAAGCUAGGCACAGAGCAUUUCGCCAAAGCGGAGCAACUAAUAAUACGGCAGGCGCAACAGGACAGUUUCCCGAAGGAAACGCGGUGUCUACGCGAAGGAAAGACCGUAGACAGGACAAGUCGUCUGUUCCGCCUGGAUCCCGUUUACAAGGAUGGCAUAAUACGCUUGAACGGACGUAUAAACGCAGCACAGGUGCCGCUAGAAAUGAAGAAUCCACCCAUACUGGACGGAGCGCACCCGUUGGCGCAGAUGAUGAUUAAGAGAGAACACGAGCUACAUCAUCAUGCCGGCAGAGAACAGACGGUGAACACCCUGCGCCAAUACGUGUGGAUGCUGCGUUUAAGGCCGACCGUCAAGACCGUAUUACGCAAAUGCACAACAUGCGCCGUACGCCGGAGGAACCCCGACGUCCCAGUGAAAGGGAACUUGCCAAAGGAGCGACUCGACGCAUACGCCCGGCCGUUUACAAGAUGCGGUAUGGAUUGUUUCGGGCCUAUGUGGGUGACGAUAGGUCGCAGGCGAGAGAAGCGAUGGGGGCUCCUAUUCACGUGUAUGGUCACCCGGGCCGUGCAUAUAGAACUCAUAGCGGGGUUAUCGACCGACUCUGCUAUAAUGGCGAUACGACGCAUGGCAGCGCGUCGCGGCUGGCCACGAACCUUUAUGUCGGACAACGGAACGAACUUUCGCGGAGCCGACGUGGAGCUUACGACUGCGUUUAAGGAAUGGCUCCCUGAACUGGAAAAGUACGUCAGCAACAAGAGGAUAAACUGGCGGUACAGCGACCCGGGCGCACCGAACCAAGGAGGAGCGUGGGAGCGACUGAUAAGGAGCGUGAAGAGAGCGCUAGCAGUGGUACUGCACGAGCGGGCGCCGAGAGAAGAGGUGCUCGCAACGCUAAUGACGGAAGCAGAACACACCGUCAAUUCACGCCCCUUAACCCACGUCUCAGUGCGACCCGAGGACGAAGAGGCGCUGACCCCCAACCAUUUUCUGAUGGGCUCAGCCGUCGGCCUACCGUACGUAGGUACCACCGACGUUGCCGACCGCAGAACGUGGCGCGCAGCACAGGCGCUCGCGGAUAGAUUCUGGCAGCGGUGGUUACGAGAAUACCUACCGACGCUGACGCCCAGAGACGACGUACGACGGAGCACGGCAAACAUCAAGCCGGGCGACAUGGUUUUAAUAGUGGACGGCCUGCUACCUCGCAAUCUGUGGCCGCGCGGGCAAGUGGAGCGCACCUAUGAGGGGCCCGACGGCGUGGUGCGAAGUGCGGACGUGAGGACGCGAGGGGGAAUUUUUCGAAGGCCGACCCGAAGGCUAGUGGUCCUCCCUAGGGAUAAGGGCUGCGAAGAUCUGCGCCGGGGGGAGGCUGUUGCGGACCACGAAGCCAACACUUCCACGCGCAUGAGAGGUACUCACCACCGUCCGCCCUGCUCAUUCUCUAUUAAUACCAGAUGGCGAGGCGCGUACCCCUCUGGUCCCGGCCGCGCGCUGCGUACAGCGUAUGGUAAGGGAGAUGAUGAUCAGCGAGUGUGUUGGUUGCUUCAGGAGGCUGCCCCGCUGCCCGCUGACGGCGCGGCGGCCGCUACAGCAGCGAACCGCACCGCAUCGCCGCCGCUGUGGGCCGGCCCACGCGCGUCGCGCAUGCGCGAAGCAACAGAUUGGCGGGGAACGCUCGGCUUCAGAGCCGGCCGCCCGCCGUCCUCUCGGACAAUUCGCGCACCAACCAGCCACCGCGACGGACGUGUACCACGUCUACUCAAAGUUAAAGUGACGAGAUCGCGCGCGAAUUGUAGGACUAAGCUUCAAAACUUCUGA